CUCGGAAGAGAAGGAGAGAUGAUGAUGAUGGUGAUGGUGACCACCUUACCUUCUCUCUCUUCUUCUUCCUACCAUCCCACUUAGGUCCACAUUCCCACCAUGACGCGGGACAUCAAGGUGACGCUGGCAGGCGAUGCCGACGUGGGCAAGUCCUCCCUGGUCACUGCCCUGGUCCGCGACUCGUGGUCCUCGUCGGUGCAGCGAGUCGUACCCGAGAUCCUCCUCCCUGCCGAUGUCACCGAGACGGGGGUGAGCACACGUAUAGUCGAUACUGCCUCUUCACCCGCACAGAGGUCACACUUGGAAUCAUCACUGCGGUCAUCGCAUGUCAUUAUCCUGGUGUACUCCAUCGAGGCACCUGCGUCUUUUGAUCGGAUACCCACCUACUGGCUCCCCUAUAUCCGCUCGUUGGGGAUCAAUGUCCCCGUGAUACUCGUGGGAAACAAGAUUGACCUCAGAACAGAGGCUAUGCUGAAUACCAACGAGGCACUCGAAGAUGAGCUCGCGCCUGUCAUGGCAGAGUUCAAGGAGGUGGAGAGUUGCAUUGAAACGAGCGUGAAAGAGGGGAUCAAUGUCAGCGAGGUAUUCUACUUUGCACAGAAGGCCGUGCUGUAUCCUACCGCUCCCCUAUAUAAUAGCACAUCUCACACGCUCAAGGAGCCGUGCGUAGACGCUCUCAAGCGCAUCUUCAAGCUCUGCGAUUCAGACAAGGACAAUCUCCUGAGCGACGACGAGCUCAACGACUUUCAGAGGAGAUGUUUCGGUGCGCCACUACAACAACAGGAGCUAGAAGGCAUCAAAGAACUCGUCCUCGCAGCGCCAGUGUCAAGUAGACCUUCCCAUCCUGACUUGAGGGAAGGCGGUGGCAGGUUGUCCACGGGAGGUCGCAGCGCUGCCUCUUCUGUCUCGGGAGCUAGCUUCAACGGCGAUACGAGCUCGAUUUACAGCAGUCAUUACCACCCUCACCUGCGGGAAGGAAAGCUUACCCUCGCUGGCUGGCUCCAUCUUCAUACCCUCUUCAUCCAACGAGGACGGUUAGAGACGACGUGGGCCGUUCUGACUUCGUAUGGCUAUUCGCAAUCUCUCACACUUUCCCCAGACUAUCUCAACCCUCCAUCAUUCUACGUCCCCUCGGACUGCUCCGUCGAGCUCUCGCCCUACGGCUACUCGUUCCUCACGGACAUCUUCGAGGUGCACGACAAGGAUCGGGACGGGGCUCUAUGCCAGGAAGAGCUGAGAGAGCUCUUUGAGACUGCUCCUGGCGGAAGACAUCCCUGGGAAGGCAGUGGAUUCCCAAAUACGACGGUGACCAACGAACAUGGGGCGGUCACACUGCAAGGCUGGCUCGCACAAUGGAGCAUGACUACAUUGCUCGACUAUAAAGUAACGCUUGCCAAUCUGGCGUACCUUGGGUAUCCCAACUUCGUACUCGGGGGAGGGAGCACAGCAGGGGGAGCCGGCCCUUCAAGUCUGGGGUCUGGCCAGUCAUCUGGCAGCGGCUCAGGCUCUUCAACACAUACAUCCUCUCCGCCCCCGACCACAACGGCCCUCAAGCUGACAAAGCGCAACACCCGUCGACUCUUUUCUCCAUCCUCCUACUAUCCAUCUUCCUCCUCCACUUCGCCCAACAACUCUACCUCCUCUACUCAAAAGAAGAAGAAGAAGAAGGGCGACCCAGCCGAGCGCUCCGUCUUUCUAGCCUACGUCGUCGGUCCUCCCGGCUCUGGAAAGAGUUCCCUUUUGCGCGCAAUGGCAGGCAAAUCAUUCCAAUCGCACUACGAGCCCACCAGCCAUACCCACUCGGUAGUGAGCGCAGUAGAGCAAGAAGGAGGGACGGAGCGCUACCUCGUCCUCCAAGAAUUCGGCUCACGCUAUGAAGGCGAUGCCCUCCGUUCUGCCAGCCGAUUAGCAAUGGCAGACGUGAUCCUCUUUGUGUGGGACUCUUCCGACACGAAUUCCUUCAGCUACAUUUCCAACCUACGUCAAAAGUACCCGGCACUCGCCGGCUUACCCAGCCUUUUUGUCGCCACAAAGGCAGAUUUGGAUUUGGCACAGCAGAGGCAUGAAGUUCAGCCGGACGUGUACUGUCGUAAGCUGGGCCUGGGGCGUUUCUCACCCAUGCACGUCUCGGUGCUCGAGGGUAUCCCCUCGACAGUCUCAGGCACAGGAGGUGACGACCUAGUAAGCGGAGUGGGCAGCGCAGCAAAUGGCGAUGUGGGCAUUGCAGGCAGGCGUGGAGGGCUCACAGAGCUGUAUUCCGUCACCUGUCUCAUUGCCCAAGACCCGCGAGGGUCAGGCGCUAUCCCCGGUGGGGGCUCAAGGAGGAGCGGUAGUGGCCUCAUGCCUGCCUCUACGGGAGGAAAAGUCGCAGCUGCUCUCGGCUUAGUUGCACUUCUGGGAUUGGCGGGGACGGGGGCGUACUUCUGGAUGGGAGCGGGAGGGGGAACCGGAGCUGGAUCUGCAUCAAGUGGAGCAGGAGGAGGAACAGGCACGGGCGCAGGGGGUGCAAGAGGUAGAAUGGGCAGUGUACCAGGUGGUGCUGGUGCUGGUAGGAUAGGUACGAGCACUACCAAGGGGUCCGGCGUGGGCGUAGGUGUAGGGACGGGAGCCCUCAAUUGGCUGCGGAAGAAGACGGAGCUGUAGAAGGUUGUUGCGGGGUAAUUGAUGCAAUGCAGUAACAUGCCACUCCUUUCCCAC